UUGUAAAAUAGUUAUAAAAUCUAGUUAACUAACACGUUGUUUAAAGAUAAAGUUUGUUUUUAGUCCAUUUUAUGAGCUAACGAUGCUAACCGUUCAUUUGUUUUUGUCGUCAUUGUUAGCUUGUGGGAUUAGCCUGCUAGCUUGAGCUGCAGCCUCCAGGUGCUUUCAGGUGUGAUUUGGUAAAAGUAGCAAAGUGUUAGCCUGGUAGCAGAGCCUGCUGAGGUUGCAUCAGAGUUAAACCCGUCAUCACUCAACCACACAGGAUGAAGGUUUUAGGUCGGAGGUUCACGGAGCCUUUAAAUACUGGAGAGCUGAACUGGAUCAUAGACAGACUUUGGAAAUGCAGACUGCAGUGAAACAAAACUACCAUGCAGAGACUGAAGGCGACACCAACAAGCUCAUCAAUCUGAAGCUCAGCGCUUCCUACACCUACCUUGCCCUGGGGAUGUAUUUUGACAGGGAUGAUGUGGCAUUGCCACACUUCUCCUGUUUUUUCCUGGAGCGCUCCAUGAAGGAGCGGGAACAGGCUGAGAAGCUGCUGGAAUACCAGAACACCAGAGGAGGCCGGAUUCUGCUUCAGACCAUCCCUAAACCGAGCAGGGAGGACUGGAGAGACGGUCUGGAUGCGUUGACCUUCUCCCUGGAAUACCAGAAGUCCCUGAACACUUUAAUCAUGGAUGUUCACCGCAGAGCCGACGGCAACAAAGACCCACAUCUGUGCGACUUCCUGGAGCGGGAGUUUCUCGUCGACAGCCAUGACACCAUCAAGAAGCUGGGCGACUACAUCGGGAGUCUGACCCGCCUCACCACCUCCGACCCGCACGGCUCCAUGGCAGAUUACCUGUUUGACAGACACACCCUCUAAACAACAACAACAAAAAAACAUUAGACAUCUCCAGCUGUCCACAUUUCCAAAGAGGUCAAAGCUGCAUUUGUUUCCGUUAAAAAAAAAACUAUUUGCACAUUUAACCCUAAACUCCUUUAUUUCUGUACAAUAGGUCAAACGUUAACUGGAAUUACCUCGACUUUUCUAAAUGAACCAGGAGCCUCAAUGUUCUGAAGUUGUAGCAAAAGCCAUAAUUUUUGUAAUAAGCUGUUACUGUGAAAUGAAUCAUAUUUGGUCUGAAUCAUGUCAUGCAUUCCAUGGUCCCAUUUUCACUUUUUUACCAAAUUCAAACCAUUUCUGAAUCAAAUUGCUGAAAUAUUUAAAUAUCUUGAAAAUGAUCUGAAAUGUUUUAAUAAAUCUAAAUCUGCCAAACCUUUGAAA